GUACAAUGUCUUUGACCCGGCUAAUAAUAGGCCCGUAUAGCACAAGGUUAUUCAGUUCGAAUUGUAUGUUCUGUGUUACUGUGUUACAAUACAUGUCUCUUUUUUGCUGAUGCUACUGCAGGAUUUCCAAGAAGAAGAAGAAGAAGACUCUUGGACGACAUAUGAGCUUCUUGUCGACACUGGACUUGAUGAGACAUUUGUAUUUGGGGACGGUCUCUUGCUAGUCGAUUCAAAAUCGAAGAACUUGAACACGGGAAUGAGGGGGCGGAUUGAGUGGCCGAACACAGAUUCUGCCGAAGCCACUAGCCACUCAUUCAUACAUCGUGGGCCAUUCGAUCCAAAGCUCAGCAAUGAUGUACUUGGAACAAAAGGAAAGACUGCGGAGAUAGAUUUUGCAGACGGUUGCGUUGCCCAAAUGGGUCUUCUGCAGCCUAGGAUGUGUAAAAUCUACUGCUAUGAUCACCGUCAGAAGGAGCGGGCUCGCAUAGACCUUACAUGGCAGUUUGGCGCUGCCUUUGCCGUGGAUUCCGUACUCAUCAACGAUCCCAACGAUGGCAUCCUUGGCUUGGGCCUGACUGAUUUUCAGAUGGCUUACAAAUCAUCACAGAAUGAUUGGUGCCCACGGAGCUUCCUAGAGGCGAUGCGUUCUCGUUUGCGGAGAGUUUCUGGCUCUCGGCCCGAAGAGACGAUCGCUCUGUACUUUGCCAUUCGUAUGGCGCCGCUGUAUUACCAACAAACCCGUCAGUUGCAGUAUGAACAACUCGGAGUACCCAUACAAUCAUGGAUGUCCUUCAAUCGGUGGCCUUGCUCGAAGGAGCCUCAGUGGAAUGAGGACAAGAUCGUCGUCUACGGUGCCGGUCCAGUUGCCUAUACUAAGCAAUGGGCAGUAUAUCUGAGGUCCAUCCGGUUCUAUCCUCUUGACCCAACCGUCCAUCGCCCUCAAUUGGACACAAGUCUUAUGCCAGUGUACGGCGCUAUGCUGAACUUCGUGGAUAACAACAGCCCCAGAGGAUUGAAGGUGCUACUGGAUACAGGUGCCAGUAUUUCACGGCUUCCGUUGCAAUAUAUCCAACAGAUCAAUCGUGAAUUAUGCAUGCAAAAGAACACCAUCAAUCCAGUCCGUGACGGGAUCCCCCGGGAGACUUAUGAGAUCUCCCACCACGUCGACAAUCAGGAUUUGAAGAUCCAGGUCCUAUACGAGUUCGAAGGCGCAAACGGCAGCGUUGUCAAAGUAUAUGGACCAUUCGAGACAUGCUUUUACCAGCGGCAUAAUGGUCGGAACGAGGCUUUGAUAUUUCCACAACGCCCAUCUCGCACGUACGGCGUCUUUGGACUGAAUUUCUUCCAGAGCAUGUAUAUCUCGCUGCAUAAAACAUUGGACAGUGGCGCCAACUUUGUUCGGAUGGCCGCCCAAUGGCCCGAGAACUUCGAGGCUGACCUGCAAGGCUACAACGUCCCGGGCCUGUCAGCGACCUAGGAGAUGAAUAGCGCACCUGCACAGUAUUUCUCUUCAUUGUACUUAUAUCACGUAGUGCCGGUGAAUCUGAU